GGCGUGCGCACUUUCCGGCCGAGGCGUGCGGAGGAGGCCGCGGGAGUCCGAGCUGCUGGGGGCACCGCCAUCGCCGCCGUCACCAUGGUGAAGCUGAGCAAAGAGUCCAAGCAACGGCUACAGCAGCUCUUCCGGGGCGGCCAGUUCGCCAUCCGCUGGGGCUUCAUCCCCCUCGUGCUGUACCUGGGCUUCAGGAGAGGUGCGGACCCCGGAAUGCCCGAGCCAACGGUUUUGAGCUUACUUUGGGGAUGAAAGACUAUGUGAACAUCUGGAUUGGAAGUAAUCAGUGGACAAGAGAAGCCCUGCCCGUGUACACUUUGACCAGAACAACGAAGAGAAUGGGCCCUUGAAACUCCUUAUUUGGAUGCUCCCAGCUAGCUCUUCAUGGCAUAUUUAUGGCAAAAUAGUUCUUUUAAUUAAUUCUUGGAGACAGAAUGUAUUGAAAUAAAUAACUUAAACCCUGA